GGGCGGCGGGUGCUGCCACCUGUGGCGAGCGAGGCGGCCAGCUGAGGGGUGCUCAUUGGUAUUGAUCUGGGGGUGAGGAGCGAGCGAGCAAAGUUCCGCAUCCAUCCGACGUACGUACGGACGGACCCAGCCAGCGAUGAGCACCAUCCAGCAAUGAAGAAGUUCACCUUCAAGGGGGUGCUCGACGGCUUCCGCUCGUCGGCGCCGCAGCCGCCGCGCGUCGACCAGGAGAUCGUCGAGACCCUUCGGCCAGACCACUUCACCGUCGCCAAGACUUUCCGCCAUGGGUUCCCUUUCCAGCCGACGGCGGUGGCUUUCGACCCAAUCCAGCAUUUGCUGGCCCUCGGCACUAAGUCAGGAUCCCUUCGGCUGCUGGGUCGGCCAGGGGUGGACUCGCACAUGCAGCACGAGACGGACGCGGCGGUCAUCCAGAUCCAGUUCCUAACGAACGAAGGCGCCCUGGUCACCGCCACCUCAGACGACUCCAUCCACCUAUGGAACUUCCGACAGAAGAAGCCCGAGGUGGUGCACAGCCUCAAAUUCCAGAGGGAAAAAAUUACAUACAUCCACUUGCCUCUGCAGAGCAAAUGGCUGUACGUGGGCACGGACAAAGGCAACAUCCACGUGGUCAACAUCGAGAAUUUUCAGCUCUCUGGCUACGUGAUCAACUGGAACAAAACGAUAGACCCGACACGCAAGACACACCCUGGUGCUAUCGUUCACCUGAGCGACAACCCGGCAGACUCGUCGAAAUUGCUGAUCGGGUUCAAUUGCGGUCAACUGGUGCUGUGGGACCUGAGGUCUCGGUGCGCCGAAAUCAGGUGGCAGGCCACCGAAGGGCUGCUCAGCGUAGCCUGGCACCACGAGGGCAAGCAGUUCGUCUGCUCCCACUCCGACGGCUCCCUCUCAACUUGGCAGGCUAGACAGCAGUCUGCCAAGCCGUUCUCCAUUUCCACGCCGCACGCGAAACCGAAUAAAGACGGCAAGCUGGACCCCUGCAAGCCCAUCCAGAAAGUAGAGUGGAAAGGUCUUCGCACUACUGGAGAGGCCUAUUUGAUAUUUAGCGGCGGUUUGCCCCACGACACGGCUGGUAGAGCACCUAGUAUUACCGUAAUUCAUGGAAAGACAACCACCGUGCUCGAGAUGGAGCACAACGUGGUGGAUUUUAUAACGCUUUGCGAGAGCCCCUGGGUCAGCGACUUCCAGGAUCCUUACGCUAUUGUAGUUCUUCUUCAAAACGACCUGGUGGUCAUCGACUUGCUGACGCCAGGUUUCCCGUGCUUUGAAAACCCUUACCCCAUGGACAUACACGAGAGUCCAGUGACCUGCUGCACGUACUUCGCUGAUUGCCCCUCAGACCUGAUACCGGCCUUUUACUCUGUUGGCUCAAGGACUCAAAAAAGGACUGGCUUCAGCGAGCGCGAAUGGCCUGUGGACGGAGGAGAGUGGAGUCCCACUUCGUGCAGUUACAAUGAAAUCAUCAUCACAGGGCACGCUGACGGGAGUGUUAAAUUCUGGGACGCGUCGGCAGGGACCCUUCAGGUGCUGUACAAAAUGAAGACGGCUAAGGUCUUUGAAAAGCCUCGCACAAAGAGCACCGAGUGCUCCGGCAUGGACGACGACCCCUUUGCUAUCCAACUAAUUUCGCUGUGUCCAGAGUCGAGAAAAUUGUGUAUAGCGGGUGCUAGUAGCCACAUUAUUCUAUUCAAAUUCAGGAAACAAGAAGCAACCAAUGAGACUUGGAAAUUGGAAAUUCCUGUUAAUUACGAGCACUUAGAAGAGGGAGGCGAAUACUCGCCAGACUACGAGUAUCCUCCGAGGCAAACAAUAAAGACAGAAGUGGCCAGCGAAGCAAAAGAGGUCGGGCCUCUUCGGGUGCGGACAGGCUUGCAGAAGAAGCCUCCAGGCUUCCAAGCGUACCUGGUUUGCAUCUCAAUCGGGCUGCACGGAGAACCAUCUAGCCAGAUCACAGCUCUUUGCAUCAACUCUUCUUACAGACUAGUGGCGUACGGCACCGAGUGCAGCAUUGUAGUGGUGGACACUGAGCAGAGAGUAUGUGUGCUCAACAUGAUGACCCCUGAUCUGUAUGGUUCGGCGGACCCAUAUCAGCGGGUGCCACGCUCACCAAAGCGGCUUAAUGAAACCAGCAAUGAGGACCGAUGUCGGUCGCCAACGUCGGACCAGGCCAGUUUAGAGGAGGUAGACGCUAAGGAAGACCAGCAGCAAGAGAAGUCGCGUAGACACUCGGUUCCGUGGCGGAAGAAGAAGUUCAGUUUUCGAAAAAUGAGGCUGUCCAACGUUAAAGCUCCAAACAAAGAAAUGCUCAAUUUCGAGGAAGCCCCAAACGCACCAACACCAACGCCAGAGCAGCCUUCGCCUGCUGAGUCAGCAUCCUUUGAAGAAGCGUUUGAAGCGGUGGAAGAGGUGCUGCUGCGCGAAUCCCCGACAGAAGAAGUACUUGAAGCCGACUCUCCCUCGCCGGUAGCCCCACCCCGGACCAAACGCAAACAGCGGCCGCAAACCUUGUCGCUCGAAAACAACCAGCCUGAAAUGCUUACAAGGAAAGUCUCCUCUCCAGCGCUGAACAUGAAGGUGCGGGAUUUGCGGCGGGUCGAGGAGGACGCUUCUAGCUGGGACGCCGUUGGCAGGGUGAUGAAGAAACUGAAUAAACUGGACUCGUCGUUCUCGCGCUCCCGCAGCUCGUCCAUGUCCAGCCUGGAGAACAUCAGCAACGAGUCGGUGCAAUGUCUCGCCUUUGUCGAUUCGUACACGAGGAAAUCAGAUUCUUCUCCCUGUCCGACCCUUUGGGUAGGCACCAGUCUGGGAUCGGUACUGACGGUAAUGAUCACGCAGCCGGUGUCGGUGGAGGCUCGUCUGACCACGCCUGUGGUGCUGCAGCCGUGCGGUACCAUUUUCCGGUUGAAGGGCACUAUCUUGACCAUGUCCUUCUUGGACUGCAACGGCGCCCUAAUUCCGUACUCGUACGAGACGUGGAAGGACGAGAAGCAGGAGGCCAGCAAGGAACGCAGCAGGUGGAAAGUGCUGCAAAACUACAUAGAGACCUGUUCUGUAGAAGCCAGACCGAGCAUUUCGCCCACUACAACGGCCUCCACGUCGGCCGCCGAGCAAUUUGGGGACAGACAGUUCGCGGUGCUGGUUUCCGAAAAGCAUGCGCGCGUCGUGGCCCUGCCUUCGCAGAACUGUGUCUACCGCCAACAGCUGGCCGAGACCAACUUCGUCGUCAAGUCCGAAAUAAUCUCCCUCAGAGACAGCAUAUGCCUAGUGUGCUAUUUGAGCAGCGGCCAGCUCUCAGCCUACACGCUGCCCAGCCUUCGGCCACUCAUUUACAUGGACUUUUUGCCAUUGGCUGACCUGAGUUUUCAGACAUCCAAACAAGGCAUACAAGGCAUAGUAGACCCAAUGUUGUCCAUUUGGGGCCAACAGAUGUUUGUAAACGAAGACACAGAUCAGAUAGCGCGCACCUUCUGCUUCAGCAACCGAGGACAUGGCCUUUACCUGUGUUCACCCACAGAAAUGCAGAAGUUCACAGUCUCUGCAGAAUUCUGUCAAAGUCUGAACGAGAUGGUUGGUGAAAUGUUUCUCACCCGUGAAAUGCCUGAGCCCCCAAAGGAGAGCUUCUUCCGAGGCCUCUUUGGGGGUGGUUCGCGGCCCCUAGAUCGCGAGGAACUCUUUGGUGAGUCAAGCGGGAAGGCGUCUCGCAGCGUGGCCAAGCACAUUCCAGGCCCGACCCUGGAAGGGAUGAACCAAAGGGCGACGUCAGCCUCGUCGGAAGUGUCGAGAGCUCACCAGAUGAUGGUGGAGCGCGGCGAGAAGCUGGGCGUGCUGGAGGAGCGGGCCGAGCGGAUGCGCAAUGAGGCCGAGUCGUUCUCAACAUCGGCGCACCAGCUAAUGCUCAAGUACAAGGACAAGAAGUGGUACCAGCUGUGAGGCGCCACCAUAGGCUGUUCAUCGGGAGGGCUGGCUUUUUGUGAUAUACGGGCGUUCAUUUUAAUCUCGCGCGGUUAGCUUUAACCGGCGGCCCACGUGCCACGCUCGGUCCUGGCGUGCUGCUCCCGGCCACUCUCGGCAUUCGCUCCGGCUGCCUUUGAGUCUGAGCAAAAGGCCUCCACUCCAAUGCACCCGCGUUCAUACUUUUUUCUUAAUUUAAUUAUUUGGUUAAACUGCAAGUCGGAUCGAUCACUUUCUCGAACUUUUAUUGAUUGGAAUUCUGAUCCUCUUUUGAUAAGGAUAUAUAUUUUUUACUUAUACGAAUCUUGAUCUCCGCGCUUAUAUUUUUGAAGAAGAUAAUUGAAAUUGAAAGAUUUUUAAACCCCUUUGUUGAAACGAUUUGUGCUGGAGUCGGCCUUGCUGAGCCAAAGGUGUAUCCGGCCCAAUCCGCUGAUGGCCACCUAUUUUUGUAAGCAGGGCUGCAGCAUAUCCCGGGCCUUGGCUGGUCACCCGCCGAGGACUGCACCCGCUAGUCAGAAUUCUCACCGUAUUAGUCGGACCUGUCUAGUCGUUGGUGUUUUGUCCGCGCACGCCGACAGCCGAUUCGAAUCCAGUUUCCAAAUUCAAUUAGGGCGCCACUGAUCCAGGUUGCGCGAUGGUUGAGCCAUUCCAUAGUUUUCGUUGUUACUUAAUGUGUGAUACUUACCAGGCUUGGUUGUCUUAGAUUUCUUGCCGCAGUCACAGAAAAAACGUGGUUUUACCUAACGAAUCGCCGACUGAUAAAUCUUAAGGUUAUACCCUAUUGAUCUGAUGUUACCUACUCUGUGUUGUUGAGUACUUAUAUACAUACCGCAGUGACCAAGCAAUCUUUGUAACUUGCGAAAACAGAGUAUCUGCUAACUUGUGCUAUCGCUGAUAUGCAUACAUGAUUUAGUCUUGCCAUACAAUAAUUGAUAGACGAGCGCUGGAAGCAUUUUAUUCGAGUCAGUGGAGAUAUUACUUAAACGCUGCAAAUAAUUAAUGUAAUUUUCACGUUCGGACCAGUGGCGCUGGCAUAGGGUGAUGAAUCUUUAAUCGUGGCUUAUUAUUGUGGGACUGCUUCGGCUUUGUCGGCGCGACGCGUUGUAAAUGUAGGAGCCCUUUUGAAACAUUUAGCAGGAGUGAGAGGAGUGCAUAAAAAUGCUUUAACUUACCAGGUAGUCACUCUUUUGAAGCUACAUUCCAGCAGCGAGUAGACGAGAUUUGAAGUCAAAGAAAAAAUAUUGAAACUAUGCACAUUGUUACUGAUUGCAACAGCAUAAUGAUAGCUAUGGAAUUAAUCACUAUUAACUCCCUGUACAUAUUUCAAAAGGCAAAACUCUGUCUUAGUUACUGGACUCGGGAAAAGAAACAUACACGCGACAGAGUUCGCCGACCUGGGCGAACCCCACGUCAUAUUUCAAUGAGACCGUGUGUGACUUGAUAUUUUUUUAUUCUCCGUAUGACACACAUAUCUAGCUCCAGUUACCAACAGUCACUCUCAUCAGAGCAUUUUCACGGCCGACCCACUUAUAGCGCUUUUGCAACAACACAAUGAACCAGGAAAAUCGGAAAAUCGGCUUGGCCACUUACUUUUCCUGCUAACUGAUAACAAAACACAAAAAAACUGCUGCAAUGUAACCUCUUCUCUCAUACUGUAACGCGACGUUUUUCGUACAUAAAACUCGGUUCGAGUAGCAAGACAAGUACUUUCCGAUCACGACGGCGGAUCAUUUACCUAGUCAAUAGCCCACAACAAAGUGUGUAUAAUUAGCAAGAAUAGAAAAAGAAAAAACCUGACACAUAUGCGACAUCAUGUUGUGCUGUUUGACACUUGCGGAACGGGUCGGCUCAUUUUAUACUUGGUAGGAUAUUUUUAUUCUGUCUGCUCCCCUUUCUUAUCGAGGGAGACUCUCAGUUGCAAUAUUUUGAACGGAUGAAGAUAUAUCUUUAGAUUCACUGCCAGUCAUACAAGUAAAUAAUCGAGUCGCUAAAAGAGAGUGUAACAAGGUGAAAAGCCAAACACACACACAUACACACACACACCGUAGAGGGAUAGGCGCAUAUCUGGAAGAUUCACGCGUGAGGCGCAUUUUAGUGGAACAACUAAAACACACACACACACACACUUUACACACACACGCAAUUAUAAAAUAAACUAAUGAAAUAAUAAAUCGGAGAAUGCGAAAAUAAAACCACCUUUUCAUACACGUGUCUGCUGCCUGUAUGAAAGUUGUUUACUGUGAUAAUCAACCGCGCGAUAUUCGACAUUAGCAUGUAAAUUAUUUAAUUCAAUCCAGCAGUGUGACAAGAUUCAUUGUUGAAAAAUAAACCAAUAAUAACGAAUUAUAGACAGCAGCACUCUCUUGUAUCGUAAGUUCGACAAUUGUGUAGCCUCUCAGUGGGAUGGGUUUGUCGGCCGCCGCGGCGCCAAGCAUCGCCUUUCGCCUCAAUGUCGGGCGGCCAUUCCUCGAGAGAGCGAGUGGCCGCAAAUUGAGUCGGAGGUGCGCUCUGGCCGACGCCGGCCGGCCGGCCGACGUCUUCGCGGUCCCAUCUGUUCAGCGAUUCUUCCUUGUUCUCCCCCCGAGUGUCCCUGGUGGUAUUUUUAGACAAACUCGCGCGCGCACACACACACACACUGAUAUAUUUUUUGUAAUUGUUACUUGUUUUACUUGCACGGUGCGAUGGCAUUGUUGGCAGUGAAAAUAUUGCUAUAAUGAAGUAAUAAAGUAAUUAUAUAUUAUAUAUAUUUAUCGACGGAAGCGAGAGAACGUACGAAAGGGACGCGAAAAUUCAAUAUAUAUGGUGAGUUUGAAAACAAAAUGUUGCUGUGUUGAGCACCUCUUGAUUGUCACACCUCUGUUGCGCCGCACAAACUCAAAAUACUUUGACGGCAACACUCUCCGGACCCGGAUCAAUUGGCCGUCGGCCUGCGCUACUCUUGUACUGUACAUACCCAUUCUUAAGCUAAAUGGCAGAGAAACUUUUCAUUGACAUAUUAUUGCAGUUACUUACAUAGACUAUCGUUGUAUCUCCGAAUGCGUUGUUCCCUGACGAGAAAAAUGUUAAUUGUAACACUUUCUUGCCGGGCGGUCGCGGCUCGCGGUCGCACUCGCUCCGCGGGAGCGGCGCCGGGGCUGCAAAAAUUGACGUCAAUUCAAUUCAAGUCAAUAAUAGGUCCGCUUUUAUAUCAGUGUCGUUCUCGGUUUUAGCCUUUUCGAAUUGCGUUCCAUUGCACACUUUGUCUAACGCGGCGACUGUAUUCACUAUAGCACGACCUACUUCAAAUUCUCUCUCAAAAUAACUCGCUCGGGCCGCUUUCGAACGCAUACAAUGUGCAAGAAUCGCACGCGGGUUGCUUUAGCGACGUUCGAACGCCGCCGCGACCGUCUCUGUAAAAAAAAUGAGAUGAAUGUUUGGACCGACUCGGCCAGUAUGCGAGGAAAUACUCAAAGUAUCAAGCUAAUCUAAUACGAGAGUUAACUAUCGCAUUUAAAAACACUUAAAUAAGCAUAGCUAAAUAGAAAGAUGGGAAAAGAUGACGAAGAUGAGUUUAUCGCGCGUGAACAAAUACACACACUCACAGACACAAACACACACCUCACCUGCAAACAGACAGACACACUCACACACAGACACAAACAACCUACACGAAAAACAUACACAACUAUGUACCAGCCGAAAACAAAGUCGCAGAGAAGGUGGAGGCAGAAUGUAUAAUGUAUUAAGCACGCGGAGACCACGUUGAAAAGGAAAUAGAUUGUUGCGAUUUUUGUGAGAAAAAAAAUCGAGGAGAAGAAUUAAAACUGCGAGAACGUAAGAUGGAAAAGAUGCAACAGACACUCACUCAUUGUUGACAAGAGUAAUUACCCCCAUUAUUAUGUGAAAUUAUUGUGAAGUGCGCCUCUGCUGGCGUCGGGGCCCGGCCUGCUGUUGGGCCGCUCGCGGGUCCCAACGCCCCUCGGACAGAGACACUAAACUUUUUUGUGCAACACGAUGAACAACAUGCAGUUUGAAUUGUCUAUUGAUGCGAUGAUAAAUUGUUAUUGUAUACUACGACAAAUUAUGAAACAAAGGAUAAAAAUAAAUCUAUAUAUUGUACUAGUAGAACUCAACCGAA